GUCAGAACCUUGUCAGAUUGCUGCUGCAGGUCGUCCGUCGUCAACCGUGUGUAUUUCCGGGACCAGCUGGUGCGCAGGAUUGUUACAGCUCUCAUAUCGGUGCGACUUCAUGCGAAUGCUAAGAGCGGGUGUGGAGGUGUUUCUAUGGAUUUAUUAACAUACAGCCAUCCAAGUGCGGUGUAUGACUCACGUCUUUUUACCUAGGGACCCACAAGUAACAGGGCACAUCAACUGUGUUCUCACUGGUCAGUUACCGUGGUCAUUCCACUGCUUCUCUUUCUUUGUGAAAUCGAUUUCAGUCUUCACCCACACUGAUGCGACUUGGAAUAAGUGUCUUGUUGUUUUACUAGAGGUUAAAGACGAACUUCAUCCCAACAGGAAUUGAUUUUCCUACUGCGAACAUUCGGAAAUGCCGUUUAAAAUGUGAUGAAUGGCAGGAAAACUACAUCAGCGCCACACAGCGAUCCCAGCCAGGAACAUGGUCCCGGGUCUCGGUCUAUCACUGCUGCCGCCGUGGUCACCCAUUAGAACUACACAUAAUCAUAACAACGAGAUCAGCACCUGAGCAGCAUUUCGCUUGGUGUGUGCAACGGGUUGCUUUCCCAGUGCCAGAUGAGUGUGUGCGCCUGCCGUGCUACCGGCAAGUGUGCAGGGAAGUACAAGCCAGACUCUCCGUUACCUCUGUUAUGAAGCAUAACGUGACCUUGAUGUGUUAUCGCAGGUCUACCUCGUAUGCGUGUGUACGUUGUAAAUUGUUUUGUUUUGAUCUUCAUGUUUACUAUUGAAAGCCACUGCAAAACAAAUUGUUCUUCACGUGUAAUCAUUAAGAGCACACCUAACCUCAAAAGUGAUGUGUGAUUCUUGAUUCUUUUUAUAUUUAUUUGCCACAAGCACAAGACAGUAUUUCCUUCUAUUUUACGUAUAAUUUCGGCGUUAUAAGUGAUAAUAAUGUUGUCGUAUAUCCUUCCUGUUGAGGAGAAACCUCCUCCAAUACCAAAUAAAAAUCAUUUGCAACUGGAACUGGAAUUGCAACAACAGCAUAGCAUUCAACACCAUAAUCAUGUUCUGACCGCAUCUACACCACCCUCCGUCAAUCCUGACGCUGACAGUCGGAAGAUCAUCAUGAAGACGACGGCGGGGGCUGUGAAGACGUCCGCGUUGUCGUCGGAGAGCAGCGUGAGUAGCAUCAGCAGCAGUGACGUCGCCAGCAGCACUACGAUGACACCCACCGACAAGCCCAAACCGAAACUCGUUGUUAACGGUUCCAAGCACGCCUCCCUCAAAAGGGUUUCCUUCGGGAGUUCCAAAGGAUCCAUGGUCGAGACACUUAUUUACGAAAGCCCACUUCAGGAAGAGCCGGAAGCCAGUCCAAUCCUGGAGGGUUCUUGUCCAUUUCCAGCCGACGGAGAAAAUGCAGACGUUUCGAAUGAUGGACCUUACUUCGUCUUCAGAUCCGAGCCGAGCAAGAAGGUGCGAGUGACCUUCUUCGAGUCCGAGAAACCUUUGAUUGUGAGCUCACCAGAGCCUUCUGACCUUACCGACGACUUGGAUGCUUCUGGCAUCAUUGCAGCCAUGACGACAUCGGGACCAGAUGCUGACCAUACGCCACCUUACGCCCGCCAGACCAGCACUGACAGUGGGUGGGACAACCCAUUUCGGCCUGAUGGGGACCUGAGCAGAGAAGCCGACGAGAUAGUCGAAAUGAUAAAGGGUGGCAAACCGAUCACUCCAACCCCGGGCAGUGUGGCUCCGAAACUGCCUUUUACAAGAGAAGAUGAAGGACGGGAUGAGGCAGACCACCUGAAUGCAACAUCCUCGCCUGUUGCAACAGCAGAUGUUGCGACUACAUUGUCACAGUCCCCACCUGUAGCUGCCUCGAAGCAAAAUAAUGAAAACAAAGUAGGAGCUAAUGGAAAUGCUCCGUGUUCUAACGAGAAACCGUCAGCACCCGGAGCAGUGGAGGUGCAACGGGGAACGGUUGUCCCGGCCAGUGACGCAUCACAAGUGGAACACGUUGUCCUCAAGAAGAAACCAAAGUGCAAGUGCUGCGUGAUCCAGUAAACCAGAUCGAUUAGCAUAGCCGAGAUACGCGCUCAAACACACUCUCGUGGUGCAUUUUGUUUUUUUCUUGUGUAUCCCUUACACUGCAGUUUGGUGAAUCUUUGCCUCUUGGGUCUUUAUGUCAUAUUUUUAAUCCCUCUUUAUCCAUGUUUUGUACAACAUUACUUUUUUUCGUAUUACAGUAUCUUGUGCUAUCACUGCUAUAAUACGUGGUAAAGGGCAUUUAAUCACUUUGUUUAAUGAACACAUUUAACCGCUAGGCAUAGGAGAGUGUGUUUGAAUGUGUCUGAGUGCGUACAUUUGCUGGAGAAACCUAUGGAAAGAAGUGAUCGUGCUAAUUUAAUGAAAACUUGAACCAAGAAAAUAUACAGUACUCUUUGUCUGUGCAGUGCAUUCUCUUUGCUUGUGCUUUUAAAAGGACACACUAGCGUAAUGUACAGACUCGUGCUUCUUUACAAAGACUGGAUUUUGUUCAGGAUUUCUGUUUGGAGGGGGCGGGGGCUUUUAUCUGAGAAAAAUAAAGAGUAUCUGGAUCUGUUGCGCACGUAAUAAACAUUCAAAGCGAGAUGCUGUCAAACCCAUAUAAGAGCAACACAGCAGUGUGGUUCCACUCUGGCAGGAGUCAUCGUUCGGGCGGAUGUGGAAAUGGACCUCAUUCUUGACAGAAAAUGGGCCUCUGCCACUUCUCUCGUUGUUAAUGUUGUCGGGUGUGAUCACAUUUAACCAUCCGAGUUGAAAAGUCAGAGAAACGGACAAUCAAAUACGAAAGGACCAGAGAUGGAAUUUCUCAUUUGUUUACCGAGAUUCAUUUUGUAAGCAAUAUUUUGUUGUUGGAGCUUUUCAAAUUGUGUCUUAAUAUUACAAUAGCUUGUAUACAUCAGCUAUAUAACUGAUUGGAGCUUCUUUUAUGUAAACCUAUUUUUUCAUUAACUCUCUUAUUUUAUAGAUUGAUGUUACAUAAUAAGGGGCCGUAAUUCCUUUCUAUAUAACAUUGUCAGUUUAAUUAGAAACUGUCCAUGGAAGCCUUCCUAAUCCACUUCCAGAAGAACUUAUUGCAGAAAUACACUGACCAGUAUAUAAAUUUGAGAAAACUGGAAAGUGCAACCGAUAUUUAAUAACUACGGAACAAAUGCCUUCCUUCCUUAAUUAGUGUUCUGGCCUAAAUUCCAAAUUUCAUCAUGGCAGGCACCAAACCAAAGUCUGACAAGUUGCUAAGAAAAUAAGUAUUCACUCUUGUCAAGAAAUUGGUCGCUAUGUCAUCUGAUGGCCCAGUAUAUUCAGUUAUACUGAAACUCAGUUGCGGGUAGAUUGACAAUAUUAACCUAAUUAGUACAGUGAAGUCUUUCAGUUUUGAGCAAGGUUAAAAUUCGAUUGGCUUGCUGAGGCUUCAUUGUAUCAAUAAGUUUAAUUUUGUUAUUAUGUAACAUAACAGAUUUUAUAUUGAAACAGGGUUCAAAGAAGUUACGACAUACGUUAGGAAAUUUGGGAUGUGAACAUGUGGGCUGAGGGAUCUCUGAAUUAUUUUAUUAAAGAAAUGUUAGGAAGUCUUAUUUUAAUGCAAAUAAAGUGAGAUCGAGAAUGGAAGUUCUCAAAAUUACUGUACGAGGACUUUGCGGAAUUAACAAAUCAACGUGUUGCAUGAGGAAAGAAAUGAUUGUAUAAGGUGUAAGACAUCUGGUCCCCACUUCUGAACUUUCACCUUGUCAAAUGUCAAAUAUUGUACCCUUAAAAUAAAUUGUACCAUAAGGAAAGUAUAAUGAUAUUAUUUUAAACAAAACAUUUUUUAAUCGAGUGGUAGAAUGCAUGAAAGUCAUAAGCGAUAAUAUCACAGGCGAGGGACCUUUUGUAAAGUAUGGUAAUAAAUGCACGCUUUGCAGAUUAAAUUAUGUAAACAUGUAUAAAGAUGAGUUGGUGAAAUUUGUGUAACAUGAACUGAUAUUUCAUACAGCAAAUUUGAUAUUCAGAAGGAUGGUUCCUGUCCUGAGAGGAGGAGGUUUGUCGUCCUGGGACGAGAGUAUCAUACCUCUGUAGAGGUCAGUCCCAGAGCUCAUUUUCUAACAAACCACGCUCUCAGAAAAUUUGGUGUCGGUAAUGAAGAAUAACUGGAAAUAUUUGUUCUAGUCAGAGGGUUGUUGGAGUCUACUCAUUCCACUUAAAACUUUUUGUUGUACGUUGCAACCAGUUUUCAAGAACAGGCCAUCAUUGGUGCUCCUUAAUUUUAUUAAAUCCAUCUACAAAAUGCAAACAAAUGUAAUUAUAAUAAAUAUUUCAAACAAUGCAAA